GGGUCUGAAAUGUUCCUUCACACGUCCCAUCUUCUUCUUCCCUCUCGCUCUCUCUGCCAUUGAAUCAGAUAGUCGGCGGUGAAUUCGCUCCGGCGCCCAACGCAUCGACGAUUUCAUAUCAAAUGCAACUUGCUAAAGCUUAACGUGCUCUUCAUCUAAAAGACGCAGUCAAAGCUAGACCGUCUUCUUCUCCUCGCUAGCUUCUCCGGCGACUCUCUCCGGUGGCCCUACUGAGAGGAAACGCGCUUCCAAUCACCUUCAUACCCAUUGAAAAACGUCGUGUUAGCUUUCUCUCUAUCUCUGUCUAAACUCUCGCUUGUAAAAUCUCUCCGAACUCGUUCUCUCUCUUCCUUCGAAUUCUGAGCUCCGAUCGUGUUGUUACAAGACCUUGGUAGUUCCUGAUCCCAUCGAUCUCUACGGUUGGAUUCUUUGCAUUGAAGAGUCCAUUAAUCGGUGUUUAAUGGUUAUAGGUAGCCAUUCCUAAAGCUAAUAAGUGGUUGCUAUUUUUUUUAUAGCUAAAAUCAGAGUUGAAAUCUCGAAGACGAAGUGCACGAUGUUAGAUCUUAAUCUGAAUGUGGUCUUGGCCGAUUCGACUGCGGGUGAAGACUCGGUGAAUUUCCUCGAGAAGUUCACAGAAGGUUCUGCCGGGAACCAACUGGACGAAUCGGGGACCUCAAACUCCUCGAUCGUCAAUGCCGACGUGUGCGAAGACGACUCGUGCUCCACACGCGCCACCGGGGAGCUGUUCACCUUCAACUUCGACAUAUUAAAAGUCGGAGGCGAGAAAGACGUCGUCACCAAGGAGCUCUUCCCUGUAAGCGGAGGAGCGAACGGGGAUUUUCCAAAUUGGCAGGGUCAAUCUUCGUCCUCUUCUUCUUCAGCAAAGAAGAACCGGAUCGACCUAUCGUUCGAUCAGGGUGGUGGGUUCGGUGAGGUGAGAAUGGUUCAGCAACAGCAACAACAGCCGGUGAAGAAGAGUAGGAGAGGACCUCGGUCUCGGAGCUCGCAGUACAGAGGAGUCACGUUCUAUAGGAGGACUGGGAGAUGGGAAUCCCAUAUUUGGGACUGUGGGAAGCAAGUGUAUUUGGGUGGAUUCGACACUGCUCAUGCUGCAGCUAGGGCCUAUGAUCGUGCUGCUAUUAAGUUUAGGGGAGUUGAUGCCGACAUCAAUUUUAAUCUCAGUGAUUAUGAGGAUGAUCUGAAACAGAUGAAGAAUCUGACCAAGGAGGAAUUUGUGCACAUACUAAGGCGGCAGAGCACCGGGUUCUCGAGGGGGAGCUCAAAAUAUCGAGGAGUGACACUACACAAAUGUGGCCGAUGGGAAGCUCGAAUGGGGCAGCUCCUUGGGAAAAAGGCUUAUGACAAGGCAGCUAUCAAAUGUAAUGGAAGGGAGGCAGUCACCAACUUUGAACCGAGUACUUAUGAAGGGGAGAUGAUAUCUGAGGCCAGUAAUGAAGGUGGCAACCACAAUCUUGAUCUGAGUUUGGGGAUAUCUCCUUCUUUACCUGGCAACGGUUCAAAGGAGAAUGAAGGUUGUCUUCAGUUCCACUCCGGCACUUAUGACGCUCACAGUCAAAGGACUUCGAAGAUGGAGAACCAUGUGCAUGCAACAUUAACUGGUCCACAUUUCAAAGGUCUACUAAUGACAUCAGAGCGUUCACCCUCAUGGAAUGGUCUAUAUCCUAGCUUCAUUCCUAAUGAGGAAAGAGCAACCGACAAGAGAACUGCAUUAGGUUCUCCACGUGGACUCCCCAAUUGGGAAUUGCAAAUGCAUGGCCAAGUCAGUGCUACCCCAAUGCCAUUGUUCUCUACUGCAGCAUCAUCAGGAUUCUCAUUUUUGGCCCAUUCUCCCUCCGCUGCUAUUCUUCAAUCAAAAACUCCCAAUACAAUGCCUCAAAAUAUCUGCUUUAAUCCGUCAGCCACAGCUGCCGCCAACUCCAAACAAGUUUUUUACCAGGUGAAGCCACCACAGGCACCGCCUUAGCCUGUUUCCCUCUUAUCUCAAGAGGAAAACAAAAUAGUUGUGGUCUUCAAAAUUCUUUGUAUAUUUUAAAUGCAUUUGUGACAAUUGACAAAUGCAAAGAAUAGACUGUUCCCGGCAUCUUGGAUAAACCAAUACGACAUUAUGUUGCUCAUAUAUGAAUCAAGAAAUGAUAA